UCUCGCAGUGAUGGCUGCGCCGCCCGAUGCGGAGAGUUUGGAGUCUCGUAUCAACAGAGCCACAAACCCACUCAACAGAGACACGGACUGGAGCAGCAUCCACGCCUUCUGUGACCAGCUCAACAAUGAUUUGGAGGGACCUCAGCUGGCCACCAGGCUCCUGGCCCACAAGAUCCAGUCUCCACAGGAGUGGGAGGCCAUGCAGGCCCUGCUGGUUCUGGAGACGUGUAUGAAAAACUGCGGGAAAAGGUUUCACAGUGAAGUGGGAAAGUUCCGUUUUCUCAAUGAACUCAUCAAAGUAGUUUCUCCAAAGUAUCUGGGCUCACGGUCACCAGAGCCAGUAAAAAAGAAGGUUUUGGAGUUGAUCUAUAGCUGGACUUUGGGGUUGCCUGAUGAGGCCAAGAUCUCAGAUGCCUAUCAGAUGCUGAAGAAACAAGGUAUUAUUAAACAAGACCCAGAGCUGCCACCUGACAAACUGCUGAACCUUCCUCCACCCAGACCCAAGAAUGCCAUUUUUGAGGAUGAGGAGAAGUCAAAAAUGUUGUCUCGCCUGUUGAACAGCUCGCACCCUGAAGACCUUAAAGCUGCCAACAAACUCAUCAAGGAAAUGGUCCAAGAGGAUCAGAAGCGAGCAGAGAAAGUGUCUAAGCGGGUGAACGCCAUUCAGGAGGUGAAGGAGAGCGUCACUCUGCUGACUCAGCUUCUGCAGGACUACGACAGCACCGCCAGCAAUCAGAGCAACGCUGAACUCAUACAGGACCUCUACCAGCGCUGUGAGAAAAUGAGACCUACACUGUUCAGACUGGCAAGUGAUACAGAGGACAACGAUGAGGCUCUGGCGGAGAUCCUGCAGGCCAACGACAGCCUGACUCACGUCAUCAACCUGUACAAACAGCAGGUGAAGGGGGAGAUAGUAAACGGCAACAACACAGUGAACACACAGAAACCGACAGGAGGAGGGACGGCGCUAUUAGAUCUGUCUGGAUUGGACACGUCACCCCAGUCGCCUCCGUCCUUCCCAGAGUUUCCCACCCCGACAGACAGCCUCAACGCCCCCUCGCAAGAGAUGGGCAUCAGUCUCCUCGACGACGAGCUCAUGUCACUCGGUUUAAGUGAAGGAACACACACCUCCAACCCUCCCUCACAGCCUGAGGACUCCACGGCCUGGGACUCCUUCCAGUCCUCUGACAGCAUAGACGCAGACAUCCCAGCAGCACCCAGCCUCCUCCUGAGUCCGGACCCACCCUCCCACUCUCAGGCCCUCUCGUCUGGCUCCACCCCCGGGAACUCAGCUCUGGACGAGCUGGACCUGCUGGGAAAGACGCUGCUGCAGCAGUCCCUGCCUCCAGAGGGCCUGCAGGUCAAAUGGGACAAGCAGCAGUGCAAACCAACGCUGAGAGAUCUUCAGAGCAAGUCGGGGUCCAACGUUGCCCCAAACCCCAUCCCAGCCUUCUCCGCUGAGCCUCCUGCACCUCUAAACUCUCAGCCCGGCCUUGGAGCGACAUUGCUAGACAUGUCCCCAACUCACGCCGAGACUCCUCCUACAGAAGUCGACCUGACUGAUGUUUUUGUACCGCUAGAAUCCAUUAAGCCCAGUAGUCUGUUACCUGUGACUGUGUUUGAUGGACACAGUCUGCGGGUUCUCUUUCACUUUGCCCGCGACUCGCCUCCGUCUCGCCCUGAUGUGCUGGUGGUGAUCAUCUCCAUGCUGUCGUCCGCUCCCGUCCCCGUCACCAACAUCAACUUCCAGACCACGGCUCCGAAGUCUAUGGCAGUGAAGCUGCAGCCCCCGUCAGGAACAGAGCUCCCAGCUUUCAACCCCAUCCUUCCUCCCGCUGCUGUCACACAGAUCCUGCUGCUGGCUAACCCAAACAAGGAGAAAGUACAGCUGCAGUACACAUUAACCUUCACCAUGGGAGAGCAGGAGCACAGUGAGAGCGGCGGUCUAGAACAGUUCCCUCCUCCGGAGACAUGGGGGAACCUAUAGCAUUUAAAAACAACCACAACACGACAGACUCUCUGCUUUCAGACUCGGCUUCCCUCCUAAACCAACUCGACACUCUGCAUAAGCCUGUUUUCCUUUUGCAUUCACCUUGUACUUUCUUUGAUCGGUAUUGAUUGUUUUCUUUGGAUUACGCUCAUGCUCAGUCAGUGUAAUGUGCGUAUGCUUUGCUAAAAACAAGUCAUGUGUGUUUAGGUCUAGUCUGCUGUAUGUGGCUGCUUUCAAACAAACCUGCAACUGCUUCCCCAAAGUUGUUGCAGUCUUGUCACCUGUUUUUAACAGACAAAGCUACAAAGGAAGAAAAGUAUCAUCAAAUGUGUACAUAUUUGCUCAUUUGGUAUGCUUGAUUUUUCAUUUUGCGUUUCCUCCAACCCACAUAGGGCACAAAGUCAGUUUGAAUCCAUUAUCAGUUGCGUUUACCUUCACGCCUGCAUGCUCGGCCAACAUGGGACACAAUGCUUGCAAAAUCCAGCACACCAAUAGAGAAAGAACAUAAGCAUUACAUAGAUGCAGUUCAUCUUAGUUUGCAAAACAAAGCUGUACUUAAUCAACUUUUUGUGGUGUCUAGUUUGUGAUGAGUGAAUAUUGCAGAAUUUCUUUUGCAAAGACUGAGUCCAUAUUUUGAUUUGCAGAGAAUGUUUUUCCCCCCAUCUUGUGUAAAGAACAUUUACUGUAAUAUCAGAGUUGUGUACUGCCAUAUGUGCCUAUUUUGCAGUUCUAACAUUUAACUUCUAGUGUUUUGAUGGAUUUGUUUUUCUCAUCUGUUGCACACAAGUCAUGUUGGGUCUGCAGUUUGUCUGAGACACUGAUCAGCUUCAUUAUAACCUGAAAUUCUUAAUAUAUUCAAGGUAUUUUCAGUAGAAUAUAAGUUACAUUUUCACUUUCCUUUAUCUCGUUUUAAAUAUUUCAGCAUUUAUUGGGUAAAACUGAAUAUCAAAAACUUGAGCACAUGCAAACGGAGCUGCACCCAGGUGCUCUGAGCACAGUGUCUGUCUCGAACAUGUUCAACUUGUUUCUGCAGCCUGCAAUGCAUGUUAGCCAUGCUGAGCACUUCCUCCUCCCCACAGGCUCUCAAUCACAUUCCACUGCACUAAUCUCUGAUACAACUGCUUUGUAAAUACUGACGAUGGCAGUUCUGUCAUGUACAUUUGACUUGUGCAAUGUGCAGGAGCAUAACACUGGUAAAAUAUUCCUAAUGGGUAAUAAAGUUUUUUUUUUUUUCUUGG